AACGCCUCAACACGUGGAGCAAAGGUCAAUCGGGGUGAUCAAUAUGCUCGUACAAGGAAAUAUCAGAUGCAUUUAUACAGUGUGACUAUCAUUAUGGAUGAUGCAAAUGCAAGCUUUGCAAACCGGAAGAGUUGUGUUAGCUGUGUCUAAUGAAAAUACUUGUUGUGCCUAUGUAACCAGUGUAUUAUUGGCUAUCAGAUGUUUCAGAGUCUGUGUUACAAGCUAACAUACAUAAGUUAUAUGACCAAGUGGAUUUCGCAGUGACCAGUUUCCAAAGUGAUUUGUGUGUGAUGAAUGUGGGAUAUCCGAGGGCGAAGCUCAAUCAUUCAAUUGGAGACAGUUUGACGUUGAACUGUACUGUAAUGUACUGUAAGCAAGUACCUGAAACAAACUGGUGUAAAGUUCAAUCAAAUAGUUGUCAGCCAGUCAUCGGAAAAAAAAUACAGGAACCGCAUCUUGCCAGUAAUACAGAAGGAAAAGUGUUUGUACUUUACACAAUCUCUUCAAUGAACCUGACUGACAGCGGCACCUACCGAUGUUACGCCAAAGACAAGGAUUUAACAGUGCAGGGAAACAGCGUCACUGUGAGUGUGUUUGAACCAAAAAAGCAAAAUGACAGGAACAACUUCAAUGUGACUGCCACAAACUCUACAAUGACGAAACAAAAUCCUCUUGGUACCCCGCUUUGGAUCUUUUACAGUAUUAUUGUCAUGGGAACUUUGGGCACAGUCCUCUUUAUUAUUAUGAUCACAUAUUUCUGCCUCAGAAACUUGACUGAAUCUCAAGAGACAAAAGAGCUCACUGACAAGUGUGAAAGAAGUGAAUGUAAUGCUAUGACUGAAGCUAAUGGCAAAUGUACAAUCUAUGAAAAUGGAAAUGAAUGCUCUGAAGGCAUUGGCUCUGCAGUUCCAAACUCCUUAAUUGUUGAUAAUUCUAAUUCUCCUGAAAAUCACAGAAAUGAUGCUGGCUGCUCCAACACUGCUUCAAACUAUACAAUUAUUUAUGCUUCAUUGAACACGUCCAUGUUAUGCAGAAAGUCAUCUAUCACCUCCCCUAAUGAAGAAGAUACAGAAUAUGCUGCCAUAAAUAUUAAAAAUUAAACAAUGCUUCUUUAUUGCAAGAAGGACACACCAAAGAUGAAGGACAGUCUUUUUCUCCUACUGUUUUAAGACUUACGCUGGGUCUGAGCGUCCUAACUAUCUUUACAGGUGCUUCACUCCAUAUACUAUCUUUGAAAUAAUUUGACUAAUGCUGAGAUGUUCAGGAUUUGUAAAGGAUGGUGCCCCUUUAAAAUUCACUUAAUGAGCCUAUUGUCAGUGAGCAGCAGCUAUCAUGAAGAGUGCAGAUGUCACCUUAGUCUCAUUCCAACUAACUCUACCACUGAGCCAGAGAAGGACAUUUUACUGCACUGGUUUCAGAUACUUGGCACAACAGACUAACUUUCAAAGCACAGAACACUGCUUUCAAAGGAACAAAGGCUUGUGUCAAGGGACUAUUUGUAUAUUUUAAGUUUUUAUAACUAAAUUAGGCAAUAAAUGGGACUUAACAUGUGAUUUUGAAUUAUUUGUAAAUGUUUGUCACAUGAAGAAUGAUUUACAGAUA